AUGGUCGCCUUCUCGACUCUCUCGGGUCUCAGUGUCCUUUCCUUGUUGUUCUCCCUCGUCCAGCAUGCUCAUGGUGUGUCGUUGGAGGUCUCCACCGAGGGUGGAAACUCAUCUAGUCCUCUUCUGUAUGGAUUCAUGUUUGAGGAUAUAAAUUACUCAAAUGAUGGAGGCAUAUACGGCCAGCUGCUCCAAAACAACGGCCUUCAGGGCAGCUCACCCAACCUGACUGCGUGGGCUAGCAUGGGAGAUGCCACGAUCUCCGUGGACGCAGAAAACCCCUUAACAUCUGCGAUCCCCCACAGCUUGAGGCUAGAUGUCCCCGAGGGCACCACAGGCCAGGUUGGAUUUACCAAUGAGGGUUACUGGGGUAUCCCCGUGGAUGGAAGUACAUUCCAGAGUUACUUCUGGAUCAAAGGAGACUUUUCCAACAAUGUCACCAUCCGUCUGGUCGGUACCAACAGUGGCACAGAAUAUGCGUCGACGUCUGUUGAAGUGUCGUCCAAUGCAGAUGAGUUUACCUAUGUCACUACUUCGUUCCCUACGACCAAGGCCCCGGACGGUGAUGUCUUGUAUGAGCUGACUGUUGACGGUGAACUGGUUGCUGGCAAGUCGCUUAACUUUGGUCUUCUCCAGCUUUUCCCAGAGACCUACAAGUCAAGGUACAAUGGACUGAAGCCCCAGUUGGCCAACGCCCUGGACUCCAUCAAGGGAUCUUUCCUGCGGUUCCCCGGUGGUAACAACCUGGAGGGUGACACCGAGGAAACGCGGUGGAAAUGGAAUGAGACCAUUGGUCCUGUAGAGGACCGUCCAGGACACCAAGGAACCUGGACUUACUACAACACGGAUGGUCUAGGUCUCAUGGAAUACUUCUACUGGUGCGAAGACUUGAAUCUCACUCCCGUUUUGGGUGUGUGGGCUGGCUUUGCUCUUGAAUCGGGAGGUAACACUCCCUUCACGGGCGAUGCGCUGCAGCCUUAUAUCGAUGAUACCCUGAAUGAGUUGGAGUUCGUCCUGGGUGACUCCAGCACCACCUACGGCUCUCUCCGGGCAACCUACGGCCACAAAGAACCCUACGACGUUACCCUGGUCGAAAUCGGCAAUGAGGACAACCUGGGCGGAGGCUGCGAAAGCUACGCGGAACGAUUCACUGCGUUCUACGACGCGAUCCACGCAGCCUAUCCCGAUCUCGUCCUCAUCGCCAGUACAGACAAUGCUUCUUGCCUUCCCAGCACCUUGCCUGAAGGCGCAUGGUUGGACUUCCACGACUACAACACGGCCGACGGACUCGUGAGCGAGUUCAACUUGUUCGAUAACAAGGAUCGGUCGGUGCCUUAUUUCAUUGGUGAGUACUCUCGAUGGGAGAUCGAAUGGCCCUCUAUGAAGAACUCCGUCGCAGAAGCAGUGUACAUGAUUGGAUUGGAGAGGAACAGCGAUGUGGUGAAGAUGGCGGCUUAUGCGCCGCUGUUGCAGCUGGUUAACUCGACGCAAUGGACGCCCGACUUGAUCCCCUUCACGCAAAACCCGACAGACAUGAUCAUCGAAACAGUCAGCUACUACAUCCAGCAAAUGUUCUCCGUUAACCGAGGCGAUACCAUCAAAGAGGUCACUUCGGACUCCACAUUUGGCCCCGUUUACUGGGUGGCUUCUAGCGCAGGAGACAAUUACUAUGUGAAGCUGGCCAACUACGGGUCUGAGACGCAGGAUGUGACUAUCUCAAUCCCAGGAUUGAGCAGCGGAAAGUUGAUUGUGCUCGCGGACAAUGACCCCGAGGCGUCUAACACGGAUACUCAGACUCUUGUUACGCCUUCUGAGAAGGAUGUUACUGGCCAGGAUGGGUCGUUUAGUUUUACUUUGCCGGCGUGGUCGGUUGCAGUUCUUGCUGCCAACUAG